UGAUUGAAAUUUGAAUCGCCUCUCCAGCACCACUCACUCUCAAGUGUGUUGGUGAUUGAUUCAACACACUUUCUCCAGAGUCGACAAGUCUCAGGCAUACAAUUCACAUUCGGGUGAUACACAAAGCGAACUUCAAUCAUGGCUAACAACACCACACCCCUCGCCUUCCUCCUCUCCACCAUCUUCCUCCUACUCCUUUCCGGCGUCUCCUCCGGCCGACUCAUCUCCGACGGCGUCCACGACGGCUCUCUUGCUCCGCCGCUCCUACUCCGCCUAAACAACCCCUUCCGAUCAUCCGACACCUGCGACCAGACCUAUGACUUCUUGCCCUGUACCACCACCGUAUUAGGCAACCUCUUCCUCAUCAUCGUCUACGGCUAUCUCAUGUUCUUCGCCGCCAUGAAUCUCUCCAAUGGCAGCGAGCUCUUGCUUGCGAUCCUGGGCCCUGGUAUCGUCGGCGGCCUCUUACUUCCCAUUCUCGGCGCUCUUCCUGAUGCCAUGCUCAUUCUCGUAUCUGGACUCUCUGGAACUACAGAAAACUGCUCAAAGUCAGGUCUCAGUUGGAAUGGUUUACUUGCUGGGUCUACAGUCAUGCUCCUUACAGUAAUAUGGGGAACUUGCGUAGUUGUUGGCAAGUGUGACCUCCAGGAUUCAAUUCGUCACGUUCACCGUCGCGUUUACACCAACCAAACACCACCACCUCACUUCCUCAAACAACAGCAUGCUCCCAAUCCCAAUCAAUACACUGAUUUCACCGACGACCUCUGCGUCCCCAGUGAUGUUAUAGCUGAGCUAGAAUGGCUCUCGGACUUCGUCGACGACUCGUUGUGGUUCACGAACAACUUCCUCGACGAAUCGUUCGCCGGAACUGUAAAUCUGAGUCCUGAAACCUCAUUUCAAUCAAGCCCUGUAUAUGUCAUCAUGAUCCAGGUUUUUCAGCCCUGGAUCCAACGGAGAAAACUUGCUUAUGCAAAGCAUAAGCACAUAAUAUCAGGAAUUUUAAGACAUCUAAAGAAGAGUGCACUAGGAAGGCUCCUUGCGGACGAUGGCACACCUAAUAAAGAAGUUAUUGAUAAGCUAUUUAAGAAAAUUGAUGUGAGUGGUGACGGACAAAUUUCAGCUACUGAAAUGAGAGCUUUGAUCAUAGGAAUCCAGUUUAAUGAUUUUAACGUGGAUGUGGAUGAUGCUGUGGACAAAGUGAUGAAUGAUUUUGAUACGUCACUUGAUUCUAAAAAUGUUCCAUCAGUUGAGUCUAAAAUUGAUCAGUUGGAGUUCUUCGUUGGAAUCUCAAAAUGGCUUAAUGAAGCGAAGUGCACUGGGGCUUCUUCUGUUCAGGCCGGUCCUCACACAAUAAAUUAUCUGGAUAACUUUCACCAGCAAACAAAGAAAGAACACGAUGUUUUGGGGGAUCAUAGUGAUGAAAUAGUCGAGGGUGUUGAAAAUCCAAAGUGGACCACUUUCAAAGCAGUGUUGUUGCUGCUUCUGGGAACCGUCAUUGCAGCUGCAUUUGCUGAUCCAUUGGUAGACGCUGUUGAUAAUUUCUCCGAUGCGACAAGCAUUCCAUCUUUCUUCAUCUCAUUUAUUGCGCUGCCUUUGGCUACCAACUCCAGUGAGUCAGUAACAGCAAUUAUCUUUUCUAGCAGAAAAAGGCAGAGAUCUGCCUCGUUGACUUUCUCUGAGUUAUAUGGGGCUGCAACCAUGAACAAUCUCCUUUGCUUAUCUGUCUUCUUAGCACUGGUUUACAUCAGGGGAUUGACAUGGGACUUCUCAGCUGAAGUACUGGUUAUCCUUAUAGUUUGCAUCAUGAUGGGUGUGUUUGGCAGCUUCCGCACUACAUUCCCUCUUUGGACAUCUUUCGUGGCUUUCCUCCUCUAUCCGUUCUCCCUGGCACUGGUAUACGUUCUUGACUAUGUUCUUGGGUGGUCAUAGAUUCGCGGUGACAACUAAAUAAUUAAUCAUUAUGUGUGCUUCCUUCUUUACUUAUCGGAUUUGUUUUUUUUUGGGUGAUGAGUGUUUACAUUUGAGUGAAUAUGCAUCCGGAUUAGUCAUAUUUGACUUUGAAAAAUCAUGGUAAUUUUUCUAUAUAUAUAUAUAAUAUAAUUAUGAUAAUGUUGCUUUAUAUUCUUGUGGAUCAUAUUAUUAUUCAAGUAGGAGUUCAGCUUA